CACGGUUGGAGAAUUUGAUAAGUUGGAACAUUUGACGGAUGAGGGCUUCGGCGAGGGAGCGGGUAGUCAAGAUGGACCCUGAGGAUCGGGUAUGGACCACAGCGGAGAGGAACACUCUUCUGAACUUAAUCCAGGAUGGGGGCUUCAUUCCAGGGCUGACGCAGGAAUUUGUUUCGAACAGGGCUACCUUCGAACGCCUCAGUGUCCUACUGAACCGCUGCAACAUCAGAGUCAGCAAGCAUCAGGUGGAGGCACAGUGGCAGCUUCUGAAGGAAGAAUUCUGGAAACGCAAGUGGAUGGUGGAUGACGGUCUGUGCCCAGCUUCUGCGCUUACUUCGGAUUUCCCAUUCUAUGAGGAGCUGGAGCAAAUACUAAUUUCACAAAAACCGGCCAAAGUCUGCAAGAGGGAGGCCGACAGCAGUGGGAUGAAGGCUCCUUCCCUGCUGGAUUCAGAGGACCCAGUCCUAUCAACAAACCUCAGCGAGGAAGAGGUGGAAGAAAGGCAGAAUGAUGCUGGGCCCGAUGUGGAGGAAGAGGUGGAAGUAGUGCAGAAUGAUGUUGGGCCCCAUGUCAAUGGGGAGGCUCCUGGAAGAGGUGCGGGUCAUAUUUUGUGUGUGCAGCCCUCUCCGGAUCUGCAGUGGUGUAGGCACACUCUCGAUGCUAUAGUGCAGAAUCUCCUGCGGCUGCAGGAGUGUAUCCAAGAUGUCUUGAGGGAUAUUGAGAGGGUGAAUCACAUGUUUUCCUUCUGAAUCUCCUGGGUCCCCUGGGCAUCUUCCUUUGGAUGUAGAUGUUAUAUGUCCUGCAUAGUAUGCCAUUGCCCACUGUGGUAUCCAUAAACCCUCCCUUGAACAAUAAAGGGCCAAAGUUUUAUUAUAGUGCGUUGUGUCCAAACUCGGCACACGUUUUCCAGUUUUUUAUACAGGUUUUUUGUACUAUUUUUUGUUUUAUGUAAUAAAAGUU